UCUGCUGAGAGAGAGGAGGUUCUCCAGGGACUUCAAGGUAGAAUUGAAGACAUCAAAUCAGUGUUGUCACAGACAGAAAGCUUCUUGCAGCAGCUGCUGAUGAAGGCGGUGGCCGUUCUGCCCCAGUGGAAGGUGCGCGUCCAGAAAUGCAAGGCGAUCCAGUCGGUACUGAAUCUCUGCAGCCCCUCUGUCACUGACAAAUGCCUGAUCGCUGAGGCCUGGUGUCCCACCGCCAAGCUGCCUGAACUGCAGAGUGCGCUGAGAGAGGGAGGGAGGAAAAGCGGCAGUGGGGUUGACUCUUUCUACAACCGCUUGCCUUGCUCUACACCUCCACCUACUCUGUUUCCCCUCAACUCCUUCACAACAGGUUUCCAGAACAUUGUAGACGCCUACGGAGUGGCAGCCUACCGUGAAGUCAAUCCAGCAUUGUUCACCAUAAUUACAUUCCCCUUCCUGUUUGCGGUGAUGUUUGGGGACGUGGGCCAUGGUUUACUGAUGACUCUGACUGCUCUCUGGAUGGUCCUCGAGGAAAAGGAUCCCAAACUUAGAAACAACAACAAUGAGAUCUGGAGGAUGAUGUUCGGUGGAAGGUAUUUGAUUCUGCUGAUGGGACUGUUCUCCAUCUACACGGGAGCCAUUUACAACGAGUGCUUCAGCAAAGGCCUCGCCACCUUCAGCUCGGCCUGGCACGUCGGCCCAAUGUUUGAAAAAAACAUAUGGAAUUCAUCGGUGCUGGCAGGGAGCCAGUACUUAUCCAUGGAUCCUGUUGUGCCCGGCGUUUUCACAAGCCCCUAUCCAUUUGGCAUUGACCCGGUCUGGGGGAUGUCCAACAACAAACUAACAUUCCUAAACUCUUACAAGAUGAAGAUGUCAGUCAUCAUCGGCAUUAUUCACAUGACUUUUGGAGUCUGCUUGUCAUUCUUCAACUACUGGCACUUUCGCAAGUUCAGCAGUUUGAUUUUUGUGCUGAUCCCAGAGCUUUUCUUUAUGCUGUUUCUGUUUGGCUACCUGGUGUUCAUGGUGGUCUAUAAGUGGGUUGCUUACGCUCCUUCUCAGUCCAAAAGUGCUCCCAGCAUACUGCUCCACUUCAUAAACAUGUUCCUGUUUACGGAAAACCCUGACAACCCUCAGCUUUAUCAUGGACAGGCUAUAGUGCAGAAGGUCCUGGUGAUAUUGGCUCUGUGUUCUGUGCCAUUCCUCCUCCUUGGGAAGCCCACGUUUGAAUACAUUAUGUUCAAGAGAAGACGACGUCAAGUCCAUCUGGAUGAAGACAGGCGUCCACUGGUGUCUGACGAAGGCUCGAUCAAUGUUCAUCAGGGGGAAGUCGAAGGAAGGCCGCUAGUAGAAGAGGAGUUUGAUGUCGCUGAUGUGUUCAUGCAUCAGGCCAUCCACACCAUCGAGUACUGCUUGGGCUGCAUCUCCAACACAGCCUCCUACCUCCGACUCUGGGCUCUCAGCCUGGCACACGCACAGCUGUCAGAGGUGCUGUGGGAGAUGGUCAUGCGUAUUGCGCUGAGGUGGCAAGGUUACGUGGGAGCUGUAGUCCUCUUUGUGAUUUUCGCCUUCUUUGCUGUGCUGACAGUCUGCAUCCUUCUGGUCAUGGAGGGGCUCUCAGCUUUCUUGCACGCGCUCCGUCUGCACUGGGUGGAGUUUCAGAACAAGUUCUACAGUGGAGAUGGUUACAAACUCGCCCCUUUCUCCUUCACAUCUAUAAUAAAUGUCUCAAACCCUAUAUGAUCAGCCAACGGUUUAUUCAGGGUUGCUAGCAAAGUUAAUUUAUGUGUCUAUGAAUCAGAACGACCCUGUCUUAACAACGGUACUCGACCUUUGGUUCCCUUUUGCUAUGAAAUGGUUUGGUUAACUUGCACAAUGAUCAAUGAAUGAUGAAUGAUGUACUGUUAUUUUUGCAUCAGUAGAAUGAUUCCCUAUACGUUAAUUUACCACUAUAUCAUAUCAUAUAUAUAAAACGCAUAUUUUGUAUCCCCAUGCUAAUUAUUUUUCAAAGUGUAAUGUACUGCUUUCUAAUUACUCUAUCGGUAGCAUGAGAAAUUGUUGGUAAUCGUGCUUUUCACUCUCUCAACAUUUAUAAUAAGCAUCAAUUUUGAAAAGGGAAAGUACACUAGUGAAUGGAUUUGUUUUGCAGUUUAAGGGAAAGUUUAAGUUUUGACCUGAAGUAUUAAAGUGCAAGUUCUUUAGAAUUCUUCAGAUAAUGACUUGGAUGAUUUUUAUGAGCCAAAGAUGUUCCCACAUUGUCAUGUCUUCCAACAACACCACACCAAGUAUUUAUUGAUAAAUACAUUUUUCUCGGGUGCCUUACUAGGACUGUUUGUUUAUACAUUAUGUGUUAUGGACAGAUGGUGUCUUCUAUUGCUAAAUCACCACUUUGUACAAAACACUGCAAUGGAAUGAAUUUUCCCCUCCCUGUUUACACUGUAAAAUUGAACAGUUUUCUGCAGAAAAUAAAUUAAAUGUUGAGUUUUAUUAAA